CUCAAUAGUGACCUAUAUCGGUAUGCCGCCAUUAAACGUCGAAAAGUGUCCGUCCUGAUAAAAUAACCGCGGAUAGAGCGUACCGACGCCGCACCCGGACUCACCGCCCAACACCGACACGACCGGGGAAAUGGAUCUGGAGAUGCAGCUGAGAGCCGCGGAGGCGCGACGGGCCGAACUCGAGAGGCAGCACGGCGAAGCGUUGGCCGCGCUCCGGGGCUGCGGUCCGGACACCCUGGAGGCCAGACAGUCCAGGGUCAGGGAGCUGGAAAAGAAGGUCUCCCUCGAAACGGUCAGAUGCGAAGAGUUGCAAUUGGAAUUGUCGUCUAGAGGCAGAGGCAUUGGAGGCGGCCAGCAUCCGUCCCCCUGGGGAUCCGCCUCUAAAGGUACAGAAAUAGAACGUAUCAUGGCUAAAAUAGAACAGGAUAACAGAAUCUUAGCUGAGUUAGAUCAUAGUCGGUCCACUACGCUAGGUACAGGGCUUGCGACAAGCGCCAGCAGCCACGCUUUAGGCGAGUGCAGCCCGCCCAUCUCUCCGAUCACGAUGUCGCACACGACGCCCAGCAUCUACCCGACGUCGAACGCGAUCUCGCACAACGUCUACCCGGGCGGCAACCUGUCCGGGACGUGGGGACCGUCGGGGAACCCCUCAAGCUACAACUCGACGCAGUACAACAGCCUGGGCCACCACUAUUCGAACAAGACGAACCUGAUGGGCGGCAUGGGCACGGGCGUCGGCGCCAACAUGGGCAUGGGCAUGAACGCCCUGCACAACACCGUCGGCAUGGGCACGUCCCUCGGGCACACUUCAGUUUUGGGCACUUCGUUAGGUCCUUCCAACUUGACAUCCACCAUCACCGGCACGGUCAUAGGAACGUCGCUGGGCACCAGCUUGGGCACCUCGAUGGUGCCGCAGACUAACUACCAGACCAGCUCGAUGGCCAACACCACCUUCACAAAUCCCAACCCGACCGGCAACGUUUCCGGUCUCUCCUCCCUCCAGCAGACCUCCUUCAACAACCCGACGUUCAGCAACCCGGUCACCAGCACCCUGAACCAGUACAGCUUGCCCUACAACCCGGUGACCACCAGCUACACCAACAACGUGACCUUCUCCAACCCCCUCAGCUCGCAGUUCGUAAGGUCGAGCGGCCCGAUGAGCAUCAAGCUGAAGCCGAUGGACGAGGUCGAUCUCGGCGUGAGGAGGGUGGCGACGCCGGUCACGCCCGCACCCCCAGGCUGGCCGGUCGGUUCCAACGUGACCACUACCGUGUCAGCAGAUCUAAGAUCAAGGCUGCUUACAGAUGGACUGGACUCGGACUGGGGCGGCAUCCAGACCGUCGACCGCACCUACCUCAACGGCCACAACCCCGUCGAGGGACAGGUCGACAUGCUGGACAUACCGGGAAAGGGCAGGUGCUCAGUUUACAUUGCCAGGUUCUCCUACGACCCGGAGCCGGAGGCGGAAGAAGAGCUGAGCAUACAAGCUGGUGACUACCUGUUGGUUUGGGGCGAACCUGUCGGUCCAGGUGGGUAUUUGGACGCUGAACUUCUGGACGGACGUCGCGGGCUUGUUCCAUCCCACUUCGUGCAACGUCUGAUCGGUGACGACUUGUUGGAGUUCCACCAGGCGGUGUUGAGCACGUUGCGCGAAGAGGAGAUUAACCAGGAGAACUUCGCGGCCGACGUGCAACGUCUGAACGAACUGGCCGAAAUGUCCGAGGUGCCAGAAGAUGAUGGUCCAGAAGGUGAGCAAGACCUUUUCUUCUCGGUGCUAGUACCCGCUCCGCGUCAGCUCACCCUCGAGCGGCAGCUGAACAAGAGCGUGCUGAUCAGCUGGACCGCACCCGACGUCGGACCCGGCAACCAGAUCGAGAGCUAUCACGUGUACGUGGACGGAGUGCUCAAGACCACCAUCAAGGCCACGGAGCGCACCAGGGCGCUGGUCGAAGGGGUCGACUCCAAUCGGCCUCACCGGAUUAGUGUUAGGUCGGUGACUGCGAACAGGCGUACCUCUAGAGAUGCGGCUUGUACCAUGAUUAUAGGGCGGGACACCCACUCGUUGGGACCUAGUGCUGUUAGGGCAUCCAACAUAACAUCCACUUCGGCUGUUAUUAGUUGGUUGCCCGCCAACUCCAACCACCAGCACGUGGUCUGCGUCAACAAUGUGGAAGUACGAACUGUUAAGCCAGGGGUUUACAGACACACGAUAACUGGCUUGGCACCCAACACCCAGUACAGGGUGACGGUGCGUGCGAAGCACCACAGGGCUGCGCAAAACGUCGCCAACCUGGCCGAAGACCUGCCGAUGCCCGCGGCUGCGCACACCGACUUCCGGACUCUGCCCAAGGGCCUUCCCGACCCCCCCAGCGAGAUCAUGGUGGAGCCCGGACCGCAGGACGGCACUUUGUUGGUGACCUGGCAUCCCAUUCUCACCCCCCAUCAUCCGGGGUCGGCCAUAACGGGGUAUGCAGUCUAUGCGGACGGCAAGAAGGUCACCGAUGUGGACAGCCCGACCGGGGAUCACGCCUUGAUAGACAUCAGCAAGUUGUUGGGGUUGAAUCCGAAGCACGUAACGGUGAGGACGAAAGCGAGGGACAGUCAGUCGGCGGACAGCGUUGCCACGGCCAUACCGAUGAGUGUGCUGAGGGGAGGCGUUGUUAAGGCGAGGCAACAGCCCCAUUCGGCCGUCAUGCCAGCCCACAUACGUCAGCAGAUGCCCAGGCAGCAGCAGCAACAACAAGGACAACAGAUUAUUGAGCCGGACGAAAACUUAAGCGACAAGGAGAUAUUUCCUAACUCCUCCAUGCACCGACAACAGUCGGGAAUACCAUCAAUAGUAGAUCACCGGUCCGUUGCAGAGAUAACCAAGGAGAACUACGACGCUAAUCUGUCCGAGGACGAGCUGUUGGAGCGCAGGAAUCCGCAGGGUCAGUAUCAGCAGCAGCGGCAACAGCGCAGACCCAAUCAGCAGCAAAACCAGCAAGGGCAGCAGCAGCGCAUGGCCGAGACUCAGGCCCAACAGCAGGCCGGCGCCCAACAGCAGUACUGUCAACAAGCUCAAUCCAACCAAAGAGUUAAUCAGCAGCAGAUGAGGAACCAACAGAUGCAAGGUGCCAGAGGGGGAAUGCCCAUGAAUAACCCCAACAACCCUCAAAACCAACAGAAAAAGCCAAGGUAUUUUGUGGCACUGUUUGACUAUGACCCAACAACUAUGUCUCCAAAUCCUGAUGCUUGUGAUGAGGAACUACCGUUUUCUGAGGGCGACACCAUUAAAGUUUUGCUCGAUAAGGAUGCCGACGGUUUUUACUGGGGCGAAUGCAAAGGUCGUAGAGGUUACGUACCACACAACAUGGUGAUGGAGAUAGAUCAACAAAGAGACCGUUACGGCGACAUCUACACCAACUCACCGAUGAAACGAAUGCUGGCCUUGUACGACUACGACCCGCAGGAACUGAGCCCGAACGUGGACGCGGAGCAGGUGGAACUGAGCUUCACCACCGGCCAGCUGAUCAACGUCUACGGCGAAAUGGACGACGACGGCUUCUACUGGGGCGAGAUCGACGGACAGCGCGGCCUGGUGCCGUCCAACUUCCUGACGGAGGCGACCAACGACCAGUACGGGCCGGGACAGACGUCGCAGGGCGGCAGGGCGGGCGUGCAGAGGGGCGGGCAGCAGAGGGGCGUCGGCCCGGGCGCCAGGGGACCGCCGCCGCCGCCCAGGGACAACCAGAUGCGGCAACGGAACAAAGAUGCCUGUCCUGUUGUACCUUCUCAAAUAGACAAUAUUCAGAACACUGCGACCACCACAUCAACACAGAUCACCGAGCACAACCAGGGGAGGGGGAGAGGCCCGCUGAGGGGCGUUGGUAAUCAGCAGUCCGGCAUGCAACCACCGAUCAGCCAGUCCAACCAGCAACAGUCGACGGGCGGCGGUCUGUUCAGCAGCCUGACCGGUCUGGGGCAGCAGCAGCAGCACCAGCAACAGCAGCAGCAGCAACAGCAGCAGCAGCAACAGACGCCGUUCCAAAGCAGGCUGGGUCAGAUGAAGGGCGUGCCGCAGGUGGUGCCGAACAUGAUGCAGGGACAGAUGGGACAGAACCAGCAGCAGCAACAGCAACAGAACCCGAACAUGGCCGGGCCGAAUCUGAUGCAGAAGCUGAACGAGAUCACGGCGCCGGGCGGCGACAUCCUGAGCAAGGGGAAGGAGCUGAUUUUUAUGAAGUUCGGUCUGGGAGGGAAAUAACCGGACUGGGUUGCGCAGGCUGGGUCCCGGUGUGUUACGGGAGCAACGCGGGAACUUUGAGUUGGUUGUCGCGUUGGUCCCAACGGAUGGCGGGCGACGCCCGUACCACUACAAUAAUUAACGUAAUGGAAAAACAAAACUGUGCUUCUACUUUAAGCAUGUGUUUAAAACAAGUUAUUGAACAUAUAUUAUAAUAAACUUUAUAUUUAUUAUUUAUACCUAUAUAAAUAUAUACAAUUCAUAUGAUAUCCAUACAUGUAACCGUUUGUAAAAAGCUGUAGCUCCAUCGCAAAACUAGGUUUGUUAGGGUGACUUCUCAGCGACAUGUUGUGCUCACCUCCGUUUACCUCUCCCCCAUUUUUACAUCAAUGACAAAGUUAUUUAGUUUUUUAAGAAAUCUUCUUGUUAUAGUAAGUUUUGUACAAAACAUAGUACUAUUCAAUGUGCUUCUAUUUCUGUUAACAAAUACGUUAUGGCUCUAUUACAAAUGUUGAUUUGAGAUAGAUUAUUCAGUGUUACGUUGUAAUUUUGUAGGUUUAUCAGUUGAUAGAAACUAAAUCACAUUACAAUUUACGACUGAAACUCAGUUUCGGUGGAUUGACAUCGCUGACUAUAUCAUUGAAGUGUUCAAAAAUAAAUAACCAGAAUAUAAAGACAGCUUAUUGUUCUUUUAUGUCUGUGUAAGCUGCAUAAACUCAGUAUUAUCAAUUAUUGAAAGUAAAAAUCGUUUGAAAUGAUCAACUUAAGUUUAAAGUACUAAGUACAAACAAAGACCAAGCUGUAGACCUUAAAACCAUUGAUUUAGUUCUGAACUGGCUCCAAAUUGUGUCUGUGUUUUGUGUUUCAUAAUUGUCAUCCAUGUUUUUCUUUUAAAUCCUUCAAAUAAUGAAGCAGACAUUCAAGGAGCACACGGUUUUGAUAAUUAUUGUUUCCAGUUGAAAAAACAAUUUUAGGUCUUGCUUAAACCACAAGAAUAAGAACAACCAGAACAUAUUCUUAAGUUCAGCUAUAAAACCAACUGAUUGAUUGAUUAUUUAUCCACUAUUAAAUAUUCAAGACAACACCUCCAAAGUCAAAAGUUUUUCUUAUUCUUUUCCGUUGGUUUAAAACGUCUAGAAUCAAUUUUGUUAAGUUUCGAGAACAGCUGAAAUGGCACAACCAAAAAUAAAAUUACUAUUGUUAUAUAUACAACUAAUUGUACAUGUUCUACAGUUGAUUUUUAAUCUUGAAGCUGUAGCUGCUUCACGGUUAAGAACAGGCCACUAAAGUAUGUUGUGCCUUCGAAUAUAUCUUUAAACGCACAACUAGACAUUCGAUUUUUCACUUCGGACAGGAAUUUGAGCCGUCUUUUCCUCAUAUCACUUGUAGGACUUUUUAGAUGGUGUUGGAGGGUGUGUAGGUUGAAAACGUGAAAGACUCAUCACUUAUUGGUUGUUUGUUUUGUGUUUUGAAAAGGUGUAAAAAAUUUUGAAUUGAACAUAUCAUUAGCGUGUUACUUUUUGGUGUCUUUUCAUUGAUUACAAAAGUUGUUUGGCUUUAUGGUUGUAAUUCCUGUUAGAAGCUGGAUUAAAUGAAUUUCUAGUAUUGGCACUUAUAAUUUAUUGUAUUUAUUUUGUACAAAUUGUAUUGUAAGAUAUAAUAAUAAAUAUUAAAUAUUGAUGUUCAUUACAAAACUAACAACAACCAGUGAAGCUACUUCAUAAACAAGAAAAAGGUGUUACCGCUGAUUUUCCAGUAGCUUCAACUGAGCGUUUGAAUUCCCUAUUGUAUAUAUAUUCUAUCGCAAGCUUUUUAUUGACUAAGUGAUCUAAAACAUGAGGACCCCCAAAUUAAUAUCAACAGUUUCUAUUAUUAAAACAAACAGUAGCUGUUUGGGUUAAUUUUGGGAGUUUUUGACGGGCUCGUUUGGAGGUCCUCGCAAAAUACAAUGCAACAAAGGAUGCGUUGAUGGAUGUGAUUUAACGCGACUUUUUCUUUUUGAAUGGUUGUGAUGCGGCCACAUAUCAUAGUUUGGCCCAAAACGAGCGCUUGUUUGUUAAACUACCUUUCAUGUAAAAUAACACUGUACCAACUAAAAAACAACAAAUGAUAAUAAUAAAUAAAGUCAUUUACAAAGUUA